ACAUCUCCAUACCAGUUCCUUCAGAAGUUAGCUCAUUCUCCAGUUUGAGAACUGUGGAGUUCCUUGGAACAGAAAGACCUUGGCUGAAUCUAUAUGGGAUUAGGGUUCGGCCUGUUGCACCAUUUGGAAGUGUUAGCAGUAAACCUUUUUCUGAUCCAGCCCUUAUACAUCGCUGUUUGCCGGAUGAAUUGCUCUUUGAGGUUUUUGCACGAAUGAGUCCUUACACUUUAGGAAGGGCAGCAUGUGUCUGCCGCAAGUGGAGAUAUACUAUCCGUAAUCCCAGUUUAUGGCGCCCUUUGUGCCUAAAAACUUGGCAGAUGUCUGGAGCAGAAACAAACUACAAGAUUGCCCAGUCUAUGUACGGGGGUUCUUGGAGGAAAAUGUGGGUUCAGAGGCCAAGGAUUCGUAGUGAUGGCCUGUACGUGAGUAGGAAUACUUAUAUUCGUACUGGAGUUGCAGAGUGGAAAGUUACAAAUCCUGUCCAUGUGGUCUGUUACUAUCGUUACUUGAGAUUUUAUCCAAGUGGGAAGUUCAUCUACAAGGUUUCUUCUCAAAGAGUAAAGGAGGUGGCAAAGUGCAUGAAUUUCCGUGCAUCUAAGGCAGACUGUGUUUUUAAGGGUGACUACAUAUUAGCUGAAGACCAUGUUGAAGCUGUCCUGUUGUACCGAGGCUCACGCCACACUCUUUUAAGGAUGCUCCUAAGGCUUAGAGGUACUACAAUUGGGGCAAACAAUCGGCUGGAUCUUUUAAAACUUCUUACAACUGGUGUAAAUGAAAGUGAAAUAAGCAAUCGGGAAGACAUGCUUGCAGUUGUAGAAGGUUGGCAGGAGGAUGAGACGCACAACCCUGAUGUACCUGCUAUUUCUCACAGAAGGGGUUUGACACCCUUUGUAUUUGUUCCAUUUGAGGAGGUGGAAACAUCAGUUCUAAAUCUUCCUGUGGACAAGAUGGAUUACUUUGUUCCUGGCUGAUGCUGAAGUGCUUGGUGUUUCAUGUAAAUGUAUACAUGCUUGUUUUUAUUUUUGAUUGGUAUCUUCACCAAACAUUGUCAUCUUUAUCAAGAACUUUGUUUUCGCUUCAAGGAACCUUGAUCAUGGAAGCUAUGUUCUGCCGGUGACAUGCAGCCCUUGUAUGAUUGUUUUGGUAUCAGAACCAUCUGGCUUUAUUUUUAAUCCUCCAAUCUGGACAAGUUUUUAAGGGUACAAUGUAAAGCUCUCAUAGUUAUAUUGAUCGGCUUUGGAUGCUUGCAGGAUCCAGGGUUCUCUUGUUUAAGAAGAAA